AUGGGAAUUCUUCCUCACAGAGUUCAAGAAGAAGUAUGUCAGCAAUGUGUACCUGGAAGAGAGGAGAAGAGAAUUCAUCAGUCUGAGGCAGAGCCAACUAUCAGUGGUAGAGAAGAGGAUGAUGUAGUGCAAGAAAUUGGUAGUGAAAAACAAAGGGGAAUAAUUCAUAGUAGUGGUACUAGUGCUUCAAAAAGAGCAAAAAUUCUACCACCACAAAGCAAUAGAGGGCCUAUUGAUGCUUAUUUUUCUCUAAAACCGAUUGUUAUGAGAAAAAAUGUGAGGCAAACUACUAUUGAUGAAAAUAGUCCAGCUAAGAAGGAGUUAAGGGAGCGUGCGUGUGUUGCCAUAGCACGAUGGAUGUAUGAUGUAGGAAUAGCUUUUAAUGCUAUGAAUUAUGAUAGCUUUGGAGAAAUGAUUCGAGCAAUAGGAAAUUAUGGAAGGGAAAUGAAACCUCCAAGUUAUUAUGAGAUUAGAGUUAGGUUACUUAAUAAGGAAGCACAGUCCACAAAUAAACUUCUUCAGUCUCAUAAAGAAGAAUGGGUAAAUUAUGGAUGUUCAUUGUUAUGUGACGGAUGGACAGAUAGAAAAGGGAGAACCUUGAUUAAUUUCUUAGUUAAUAGCUCAAAAGGAAGCGUGUUUAUUAAUUCAGUGGAUGCUAGUGAUGAAUCAAAGACAGCAGCGUUGCUGACUAGUUUGAUUGAGAAAGAAAUAAUGGAAAUUGGUCCUGAAAAAGUGGUUCAAGUUGUUGCAAAUAAUGCAUCAAAUAAUGUUGCAUUAGGAAGAAUAUUGGAAGCAAAUUUUCCUCAUCUAUAUUGGACUCCAUGUGCAGCCCAUUGUAUAGAAUUGAUGUUGGAAGAUAUUUUUAAGAUAAAGGUUUUCAAAGAAACAUUCCGCAAAGCUGUUGAGCUUAUUGGUUUCAUAUACGGCUCUUUGGUAGUUUUGAAUACGUUGCGGAGUUUUACUAAAGGAGUAGAAUUGCUAAGGCCAGGGCAAACUAGAUUUGCUACUGCUUUCAUUACAUUGAGAAGCAUUCAUCUGCAAAAGGCUAACAUUAGAAAAAUGUUUACUUCAGAGAACUGGACAACUAGUAAAUGGGCUAAAGAGUUGAAAGGCAAAAAGUAUGAAAGAACUGUUUUGAGUCCUGCCUUCUGGAAUCAUGUUGUAUACGCUCUUAAGGUUUCUGGUCCUCUUAUUCGUGUGCUUCGAUUGGUUGAUAAUGAAAAAAAAAAAAAAACAGCCAUGGGAUAUAUUUAUGAAGCUAUGGAUAGAGCUAAAGAAACUAUUGCCAACUCAUUCAAUGGAAUUUACAUAGGUCCACGCUGGGUAUACAGGUCUGGUUACACAACCCUUGUACUUCUGUUUUUGGAGAAUUCUUCAACCUUGUACCUGGCAGAGACUUACACGGGUCUCCAUAGCUUACACGGGUCUGAUUACAUGACUUGUGUACUUUUGCUUCUUCUUUGGCUCUUCUGGCUUUCUUCUAGCACUAAUCAGUGGAAAACAUAUGGUUCAUCAACUCUAAACCUACAAAACUUUGCUACAAAGGUUCUGAGUCUCACAUGUAGUGCAAGUGGUUGUGAGAGAAAUUGGAGUGUAUUUGAGCAGCUUCAUAUUAAGAAAAGAAAUCGGCUAUUUCAAGAACGCUUGGACAAAUUGGUUUAUGUAAAGUACAAUAGAGAGUUACUACGCCGAUACACCUUUGGGGAUAUCACCAUGCCAAUUGAUUUGGCAAAUAUUGAUAAAAGUAAUGAGUGGUUGCUUCGUGAAUUAGAAAAGGGAGAUGGGGAUGAUGAUGAUGAUGAUACCCUUGUUUUCAUGAAUGAUGUGUUGACCUGGGGUGUUGGUAGAGCAGUUAGAGUUUCUAAAUCUCGUUAUGGAUCGAGAUCAGUUGGUGCAUCCUCUUCACAAGUUAUUGAUGAUGAUGAAGAGGAGGAAGAAUUUGUGAUGGAAGCUAUUGAAAAUGAAGAUUAUUUUGGAAAUCUUGAUGAUGAGUAG